GCGUCCGGUAAAACACAAAAUCGAGAUAAUAGAAGGGAGUGUUCCUCCAAAGGGCUGCGUUUACCGUAUGGGACAAGGCGAGUUGGAGGAGUUGAGGAGGCAGAUUGAUGACAUGAUCGAUCGUGGAUGGAUUAGGCCUGGUGAGUCUGAGUUCGGUGCAACUGUCCUGUUUGUGCUGAAGAAAGGAGGCAAACUCCGGAUGUGCAUUGACUAUCGUGGCCUAAACCGGAUCACCCGGAAGAACGCGUAUCCCUUGCCUCGUAUAGAUGAUCUGCUAGAUGCUGCAGGUGGGUGCAAGGUCUUUUCCAAGAUUGACCUCAAAUCUGGCUACCACCAGAUUGAAGUUGAUCCGAGUGACCAGCACAAGACUGCAUUCAAGACACGCGAUGGGCUGUACGAAUUCAUCGUUAUGCCCUUCGGUCUUACGAAUGCACCAGCCACGUUUCAGAGCCUCAUGGACAAAGUACUCUGCCAUCAGCUCAACAGGUUUGUGGUUGUGUACCUUGAUGAUAUUCUGAUUUUCAGCAAGUCCAUGGAAGAGCACCUCAAGCACCUUGAGGAGGUCUUGCAAGUCCUCAAGGAGGCACAACUGCACCUCAACUUAGAGAAAUCUGAGUUCGGAAGGGACAGCGUCAUCUAUCUUGGACACCGGUUGUCUGCAAACGGCCUUGAGCCGGAGGCAACCAAGGUGGAGGUCAUACGAAAUUGGCCUGAACCAGCAAACGUACGCGAACUGCGUUCUUUUCUUGGUUUGGCUUCGUACUACCGAAAGUUUGUGCCAAUUUUUUUUGUCAUUGCUCACCCACUCUCAAGGCUAACCAGUAAGAAUGUUGUCUAUGCGUGGUGUGAGAAGUGUGAGACUGCGUUCCAAGCCUUAAAAGAGGCAUUGGUGAGUCAUCCUGUGCCCCGCAUUGCGGAUCCCAACCUCACGUUCGUAGUCACUACGGACGCGAGCCAGUUUGGGAUUGGUGCAGUGCUGCAACAAGAUGAUGGUGAUGGCCUGCGUCUGCUCGAGUAUUACAACAAACGCAUGCCCAGCCAUAAGGUAGCCACUUCCAGAUACAUGUGUGAUCUCUACGCCUUGCGCAAGGCGCUCACACAUUGGAAGCACUACCUCUUGGGUCGGCACUUCAAGAUCUUUCCAGUAAUGGCAAUAGUUAGCUUCAGCCAAGAAGCCAGCGUGAUCUAUGGCGAUCUUGCUGAACUUCUCGUGCAACACCUAAGUAGACCAGUAGCAUCUACUUUGGCCAAUAAGGAGCUCAUGGUUGUCACAGACUAUGUCAAGGAUGUAGUCUGCACCUUCUCCUAUGGAGGAGGGGAACUUAAUAACCAGAUUUCGUUCCUGGUUAGCGACGACUUACCAUUUGAUAUGUUAGGAAUGUACUACCUUGAGGUUGCCAAGCCCCAGUUUGACUGGGACAAGAAGGUGCUCAAGCAUAAGUUGCCUGAUGGAAGGACCGUGAGACUGACCAAGUAUAAGGCUAGUGGGUUACUAGAAUCCUAUGGCUGCUUGUGCGCAUCAGCGUUCUACAAUUACUAUAAACAGAACCAAGAGGAGGGUAUGUACGGUCUGUACGAGUUUGUGGUGACGUCCUUUGGCCUUUGCAAUGCGUCGGGUACAUUCCAGCACGCCAUGAAUAGGAUCUUCCAUGACUACUUGGACAAGUUUGUCGUCAUAUACCUCGCUGAUAUUCUUGUCUUCAGUAAGUCUGUCGAGGAGCAUGCACAACAUUUAGAGAUUGUUCUCUCACUCCUGCGACAGCACAAGUAUAAGGUCAACCUAGAGAAAUGCGAGUUCGGACGCACUAGGAUCUUGUACUUGGGUCAUGAAGUAUCCGCGGCGGGGAUUAGGCCGAAAGAUGCAAAGGUGGCUAGUAGAAGGGACUGGCCACGACCUCAGACUAUUACUGAGGUCAGAUCAUUCUUAGGAAUGUGCAGUUACUAUAGGAACUUUGUGAAAAAUUAUUCUACAAUCGCCUCUCCUUUGACUGAUCUCACUCGACUUGACACACCGUGGGAGUGGAGUGAUGAGUGUGAGGCUGCUUUCAAGCGAUUGAAGCAUGCACUCAUGAAUCAUGAGGUUCUCAUGGUGCCCGGUCCUCAGAAGCCUUUCAUUGUGACGACUGACGCAAGCCAAUACGGCAUUGGCGCAGUGCGGGCUCAGCAGGAUGGGAAGAAGUUGAGACCGAUUGAGUAUAUGAGCAAGAAAAUGCCAUCAAAGAAACUGGCAAAGUCCACUUACGAAAGGGAAUUCUAUGCCCUCUACAAGGCACUAGUCCAUUGGAGGCACUUUCUGUUGAGGCGGUUCUUCUAUUUGAGAACUGACCAUCAGACCCUCAAAUGGAUCAAGACUCAACCUGCUCUUUUUGAUGCACUCAAGCUCUGGAUUGAGGUCAUAGAUCAAUAUGACUUCAAGCUGGAGUAUCUGAAGGGAGAGUACAACAAGGUUGCGGAUGCGCUGUCACGUAGGGCAGACUACCAAGGGGCGCUAGUUUUCGAAUUUGGUGUAUCUGAGGAAGUUACUCAAUCGCUGGUGGGAGCCUAUCAGGAAGACCCUGUCACGAUGGACAUCAUUCACAAACUGCAGGCCAAAGACAAGGGCACAGAAGAAGAGUUUGUGAUGGUGGAUGGGUUGCUCGUUCUGAGAAAGGCUGGGAUUGAAAGAUUAGUUGUUCCAUCUAGUGAGAAUUUGCGCAGUUUAUUUUUAGGUGAAUGCCACGAUGCAACUGGACAUUUUGGCUACAAAACGAGCAGUGCCAAUCUAGUACAACGAUUUUGGUGGCCCGGUAUGCUAGAUGACGCAAAGAAAUAUGUGGAGACCUGCCAGGUCUGUCAGCGGGACAACCCGCGAACUCAAGCACCGCUUGGGUUGCUGAAGCCUUUGCCCAUUCCCGCUGGUCCAGGACAGAGUGUUUCCAUGGAUUUCAUGGACACCCUAGUAACCAGUAGGAGUGGCAAGAGGCACAUCUUUGUCAUCAUAGGCAGAUUCACCAAGUACGCUAGACUGAUUGCCAUGCCAGAGACUGCGACGACUGAGCACAUCAUCAAGUUGUUUAUGGACAACUGGGUGCGUGAUUUUGGGCUGCCAAAGACAAUCGUUAGUGACAGAGAUCUCCGCUUCACAAGUGAGUUGUGGAAGAAGACUGCUGAGCAAAUGGGCAGUCAACUUCAGAUGACUUCUGAGAAUCAUCCCGAAGCCAACUAACAGGCCGAACAGAUGAACAGAGUUGUGCAACAUCUGCUGAGGCACUACAUUAAGCCCAGCAAGGAUGA